AUGGAAUGUACACCAAAUAUUCGUUUUCUUUCACUUCGCUUAUCUCGUAUUGUACGUGACAACGAGAUCGUCAAUAGUAAACAAUUUAACACGCCACAUUUACGCAGUCUUCAACUUAUUGCUCAUGAUGUGGAUUUUGAAAUAAUCGUUAAAUACAUGGCAAUAUUUCGAAAAGUACAACAGUUGCGUGUAGAAACUGGGUCAUUCCUACCAAACGGUUUGAAAUGGAAAGAAGCAUUGGCAGGCAACUAUCCGAAUCUCAAAGAUUUUGUUAUCCAGUACGACUGCGAUUCGAAUAGUGGAAUUGCUCACACAUUCAAUACCAUGUUUUGGAAGGACAAGAAAACGACGAAACAACGUGAUUAUAAAAUAGUCAAGGAAUAUCGUGGUUAUGAAAUAGUCAACAAACGUCAUGAUUAUUAUGAAACUUUAUGGUUUGGUGAAAAUUGGCAAUUUCCUACGUGGUUAUCAUUGACUAGAAGCACAUAA